AUGGCCAGCAGAUGGCUGGGUCCCGGGGCGCUGAGACGGCUCUGUGUGCUCCUGAUGGCAGAGACAGUGUCUGGGGCCUGGGGCCCAUCAACAGGGACCCACAUCAGCCCCCCAUUUCCAGCCCUGGCUGUGAACCAGACCCCCAUGGCAGAUUGUCGCAAUGUGUGUGGCCUGAAUGCUUCUGACCGCUGCGACUUCGUCAGGGCCACCCCCGACUGCCGCAGUGGUGGGGGCUACCUGGACUACCUGGAGGGCAUCUUCUGCCACUUCCCCCCCAGCCUGCUCCCUCUGGCUGUCACCCUCUACGUGUUCUGGCUGCUCUACCUGUUUCUGAUUCUGGGAGUCACCGCAGCCAAGUUUUUCUGCCCCAACCUGUGGGCCAUCUCCAGCGUCCUCAAGCUGUCCCACAACGUGGCAGGUGUCACCUUCCUGGCCUUUGGGAAUGGUGCCCCAGACAUCUUCAGCGCCCUGGUGGCUUUCUCGGACCCGCGCACGGCUGGCCUGGCCAUCGGCGCUCUGUUCGGCGCAGGUGUGCUGGUGACCACCGUGGUGGCCGGAGGCAUCGCCAUCCUGCACCCCUUCCUGGCCGCCUCCAGGCCCUUCCUCAGGGACAUCGCCUUCUACAUGGCCGCCGUGUUCCUGACCUUCACCGCGCUCUACCUCGGCAGGGUCACGCUGGCGUGGGCCCUGGGUUACCUGGGCUUUUACGUGUUCUAUGUGGUCACCGUGAUUCUGUGCACCUGGAUCUACCGAUGGCAGCGGAGAAAGUCCCUGGUCUACUCCAUGCCGGGGACACCAGAGACGCAGUCUGAUUCCGAGGAGGAUCCUGUGUCUUCCAACACCAACAGCUACGACUACGGUGACGAGUUCCGGCCACUGUUCAACCAGGAGGAGAGCACGGCCCGCAUCCUGGUCCACGCCCUGAACCCCCUGGACCUCAGGGCAUGGAGAAGCAAGUCGGUGUCCUGGAGGGCCCUCAAGGUGCUCAAGCUGCCCGUGGAGUUCCUGCUGCUCCUCACCGUGCCCGUCGUGGACCCAGACAAGGACGACCGGAACUGGAAGCGGCCCCUCAACUGCCUGCACCUGGUGGUCAGCCCCCUGGUCCUGGUCCUGACCCUGCAGUCGGGGGCCUAUGGCGUCUACGAGAUUGGCGGGCUCUUCCCCGUGUGGGCGGUGGUGGUGAUCGCGGGAACCGCGGUGGCUUCCGUGACCUUCUUUGCCACCUCCAACGAGGUGCCCCCCAGGCUCCACUGGCUCUUCGCCUUCCUGGGCUUCCUGACCAGCGCCCUGUGGAUCAACGCGGCUGCCACGGAGGUGGUGCACAUCCUGCGCUCCCUGGGCGUGGUCUUCCGGCUGAGCAACACAGUCCUGGGGCUCACGCUGCUGGCCUGGGGCAACAGCAUUGGAGACGCCUUCUCAGACCUCACGCUGGCCCUCCAGGGCUACCCGCGGAUGGCGUUCUCCGCCUGCUUCGGGGGCAUCAUCUUCAACAUCCUGGUGGGCGUGGGGCUGGGCUGCCUGCUGCAGAUAGCCUGGGGCCACGUCCCCGAGGUGAAGCUGCAGCCCGAGGGCCUGCUGGUGUGGGUGCUGGCCGGCGCCCUGGGCCUCAGCCUGGCCUUCUCCCUGCUGGCGGUGCCCCUGCAGUGCUUCCGGCUCCGCAGGACCUACGGCGUCUGCCUGCUGCUCUUCUACCUGGGCUUCCUGGCCGUGGCCUUGCUCACCGAGUUCGGAGUGAUUCACUUGAACAGGACAUGACCAAGGCCACCUGUGGUGUGUUGGUGGCACCGAGGGGGCUCCUGCAGCCUUCUGCUGGGGACUGGAGUGGGCAGCUCCGCAGGUGGCUCUUGCUGCCGGGGCACAUCAGCGGAGCCCUCCGGCCUGGACC